UGGGUGUAGCGGGGUGUACUGCUACCCUGUACCGUGUAUGCUAGUGAGCGUGCAUGAGCCUGCAUGGGUGUGCUCUGCUAGCAUGCAGUGCAUGUGCCAGUACCUGGCAUCGACCAUGCGUGGCAUUAAAGGCGUGUGCAUGCAGCCCGGCAGGUGUGAGCACAUUUUGAUGGAGCCGAGGCCCCGGCCCCAGCCAGCCCUGCUCCCCGCGGAGGCCGGCCGCUCGCCCCCGCCCUGUGCAGCGCUCGCGGUCCCAGCCCUGUCACUGCUUCCAAAGAAGCAACCACAAGAAUGAGGCGCCGCGGUUCCCCUUGCCAGGCCUGGCUCCAUGCAGCACGGAGGCUGCUGCGCUUCCCGUGGGGGCGGGGGGCGGUGAUGCUCACGGCCCCUCGUCGAUCCCCGGCUUCACCCAGCUUGGCCUGGUGCAUCGUCUUCUGCCCUGGCCCCGUCUGGGAGAGCUGUGGAGGGACGAUGCCCUGGGCAAAGGUGUCUUUUCAAGUCCUGGCUCCCUGAGGCCCCUAUCCCAGGGGCGUAGUGUCCAUCCGUCUGUCUGCCUCCGCCUCCCGCUGCCUCUGCUGACACCCUGGGAGCCUUCCUCAUGCCUUGUAGCUCUUGGCUCCCAAAUUCCCCCGUUUCCUUUGGAGCUGGGAGGAGAGCUGGGAGGAGAGGGUGAGGGGGGCCGGGGGGGAAGGCAGCUUUCCCAGGGCUUUCGUCACAGCUGAAGUGGUCAGGAAGAGCUCCAGGACCUUCUGAGCCAGAAGGGAGUGAGGAGUCGGGCAGCACGGGAGCCGGCAGACGCGGGGAGCGCAGCCAGUGGGGACACCACGGAGGGCAGCUCCUGCCUGGGGAGAGCGGGACCUGCCAGGGAGCCACUCAGCCACGGCACAGUCCAGCCCCGGCGCGGCACAGCCUGGCGAUGAAGCAGCUCCUCGUCCUCCUCGGGAUGAUCGCUGGCGCCCUCCAGAUCGAGGACAACAAGAUCCCCAGCCUGUGCUCUGGCCAUCCGGGGCUGCCGGGGACACCGGGGGUGCACGGGAGCCAGGGUCUGCCCGGCAGGGACGGUCGUGAUGGCCGGGACGGAGCAGCUGGGGGGCAGGGAGAGAAGGGGGAGAUGGGCCCCCCAGGCGUCCCCGGCCUGCGUGGGGACACGGGCAGCUCUGGCCUGAACGGGCUGCCCGGCGAGAAGGGGGCGCCAGGGGAGUGCGCGGUGGCGCCCCGCUCAGCCUUCAGCGCCAAGCUGUCGGAGGAGCGCAGCCCGCCCGCGGCCGACCAGCCGGUGCGCUUCGACGAGGUGCUGCUCAACGAGCAGGGCCACUACGACCCGGCCACGGGCAAGUUCACGUGCGAGGUGCCUGGGCUGUACUACUUCGCCGUGCACGCCACCGUCUACCGCACCAGCCUGCAGUUCGACCUGGUCAAGAACGGGCGCUCCGUGGCCUCCUUCUUCCAGUUCUACGGGAACUGGCCCAAGCCCGCGUCCCUGUCCGGGGGCUCCCUGGUGCGCCUGGAGCCCGAGGACGAGGUGUGGGUGCAGGUGGGCGUGGGCGACUACAUUGGCUUCUACUCCAGCGUCAAGACGGACAGCACCUUCACCGGCUUCCUCGUCUACUCCUACUGGCAGAACUCGGCCGUCUUCGCCUGACGCGGCCCCGUGCGGGCCUGGGAGCCCGGACGCCUGGCUUCUUGGCCCGGUGCCGCCACGGAUGCUUCCCCGGAGCGCGGCACGGGGAUAGGGAGGCUUCCCUGCCCCAGAGGAGCGGCUGGGAGGGGGCACCAGCUUAGUGCUGUAUAAUAGCACCGUGGGGAGGGGGCUGGGGGUCCCUGCGGCCUAUAAGAGGUAGUGAGGUGGGAGCAGAGGCCUUGAUGGGCUGAGCAUCCCUGGGGCUGGGACCCAGGGUGCAGCAGGCAGGGGUCCCUCGCCCCUUGCGUGCCCCUGUACCUGCCCUAGAAGCCACGGGCUGGAUGGACCACGGAGCCCAAACACCAGGCCCCUCGUAGGGCGCCAGCUCUGCUGUGAGCAUCACCAAGCGCUUGGAGGUGCCAGA